AUGCAAGUGUCAACUUUACUAUUGUUAGUAAUAUUAAUUUAUGAAAGCUACGGACAGAUUAUUCAAAAUGGACUAUUAUCGCCAAACGAUGCCACAUUUCAAGACCCAAAUCAAUGGAGCUGUGGUAGUGAUCCAACCAAUAGUGUUUGGGCUGGACGAGCCAUCGCUUAUGCUUGUGAACCUGCUUUGAGUACGUAUAACGUUAUAUCUUAUUAUAUAUUAGAUAUACGGGUAGGAUAGUGUAAGGCAGGGUAGAGUAUGAUAGUUACAGUAACAAUUUUUCAGCUAAUGUCAACAACUGCUGUCGUUCCCACGACGACUGUUACCGUCAACAAACCGGUCGUGCUGCUUGUGAUGACACGUUUUGUAACUGUAUGAAGACAAGUAUGAGUGUAUGUAAAUCACUAAAGUCACUUCUCAUUAUGAACGCUUUCUGUGACAUUGUUAGAACGCAAGGCGGAUUGUCGUAUAUUCAAGGCUAA